AAAUGUAUCCUUGUUUCAGAAAUAUGCGAAGCGUGCAUAGGAAUAACCCUUCCAAUAAUCCUUAUGAACGGUGUCACAACCUCCUGGAUGAUCCUGUUGACUCUUCUUCAAGUCCAAAUGGCAGCCUUAAAUGAAGCCACAAAGAAAAUGACCAAAAAGACUGUCUGGUUCAUAAGCGAUAUCAACGCCACAAACUACAAACGUAAACACUCGAAAGACGAAGUUUACUUGGUGAAGAAAAUUGGACACGUCUACGAUAUCUUCAUCGAUCAAACAGAGACAAUCAAUAGAGGAUUUAUCAUGCAACUGUUUGUUAUUGUGACUGCAUCUUUCCCGUUUAUUCUUCAACAAACUUACAUAAUGUGCAAAGCGCUGUACGAAGAGACCGGCGAAGCUAAUCUUGACGUCCACCUCGUCACGUCAAACGUCAUAUCCGUCAUCGGCCUGAUAGAACUCGUUGUUCCGUGCAUGGCUGUCAACGGAGAGGCGGAGUAUUUCGUGGAAUGCUUGCAUUGGAAUACGUGGAAUGUCGAGAAUAAGCCCGCUUUAGAAGAAAUGCUAAACUUUGUGACGAUGCAAACCAUACACCAGAAAGUUGAAUUGACAAUUUUUGGACUUUUUCCUUUAGAUGGGACUUUGCUAUACUCGAUGUUGGCAGCCAUUUCUACAUAUUUAGUCAUAUUGCUGCAGUUUGAUAUUGGAUAAACAAUAAAUUAUUAUUUUCUAGGAAUUUUAUGGGAAU